AUGUCAUUGGGUUUUCCAUUCUUUAUGCUUACAAUGACGAUUAAAUUAGGUGAUUGGUCGAACAACGUCACUACGACAAUGUCUAAUGACGAGACUUUUGCUUUCGGCACUCUGACCCUGCCAGGCAGUCAGGUGUUUGCCAAAUCCGAUCGGAGUUUUGCUUUUGUUAACAUAAGGCCAUUUUUACCUGGACAUUCUCUCGUAUCUCCCUUACGAGUGGUUAAGCGAUACAGGGAUAUGACGGCUGACGAAUUAUUGGAUUUUAGUAUUAUGGUCCAGAUUACUGCUGCCGCCCUUGAACUAAAGUACGAAGGCACAGCAAGUACGAUAGUUAUCCAGGAUGGUGAGGCAGCGGGCCAGACGAUACCACAUGUCCACGCGCACAUCAUUCCUCGAGUUAAAGACGAUCUAAAGAAUCCGGAUUCUAUCUAUGAUGAGCUGGAGAAGCCAACUAAUCGUCUCUGGACUGAAGAGGAGAUGGCGGUGGCUGCUAACGAAACACGCCCAUUUAUAGAGCGGGUAAUGGAUGAACGUGGUAUUGGCUGUUUUUUGCCCUAA